AUGCCGCUUCUCAAUCUGCCGACUGAGCUUCUAUCGCGUAUCGUUGCAUAUGUCGACUGGGAGUCUCUCCACCCACUGCGACUAACCUGCCAAACAUUAUCCCACAUUGCAGUCAAUCAACUCUUCAAAACAGUAGAAUUAUACCCAGAUCAAGACAGCUGCAACAGAUUUACAAGCAUUCUGAGAUGCAACCUCAAAAACAGGACGAAAAGGAUAAUUCUGCAUAGCAUCGAGGCAGAUGCUGUGACCGAUGGCGAAGAAGCCCAACUGCCAGGUUAUUAUACAGCCCUCAUUCCUCGACUGGAUGAAUUCCCCAAUUUGCACAGCCUGACGGUCCACUUUGACAAAUACUGCUGCGUGCCGGACGAGAAUGGCUACGUGAACUGUUCCCAGACAUGGAAUUUCCGCUCUGACGUGAUGAAGCGGUUGUUCGCAUCGACAGCGUCCCUACCUCGACUCAAUCAAGAACUGGCAAUCCGGCACAUGCAGACUAUCAAUGUCAAAGAUGUAAAGACACUGCAAUCGAUGGACAAGACUUUGCGGGGUCUGCGUUCUCUGCGGCUCGGCAUCAUCAGUGAAUAUGACAAUACAAACCCAGAGAUCACCGAUCGACUCCCUGAACCGCAUGACUUUUUUGACGAAAUUCCCCCUCUGUGGCUGAAGCCCACCAUGUCGACUCUCCAGCAUCUCACUCUCUACUAUCAGCACUGCUUUGGCUUCUACCCCAAACUCGAUCUGCGUGGUGUUCACUUCCCCCAUCUUAAAACGUUGGCUCUAGGAAACUACACCUUCAUCCACGACACCCAACUCGACUGGAUCCUCUCUCACGGUCACAGUCUCUGCGAACUCUACUUGGACGAAUGUGCCAUCGUCUUCGCAGCUCGAAUGACCGAACCAGAAACCGUGCAACACUGCUAUCUGGACUCGACACAGAUCACCCGGUUAUCAAACGAAUACCACGCCACAUAUUCUGCGCGCUGGCACGACUACUUUUCAGCCUUUCAAUCGGAACUGCCCCAUCUCCGACACAUCAGCAUGGGGAGAUCCGACUGGUGGCUCGGGAUGCCGUUUGAAAUGGAGGGGGAGAUCGGCAUGGGGCUACUUAUGGACCGGUAUAUGAUGUUUGAUGAUGAAACACGUCCCAAUCCGUAUAUUGGGGGCAGCCAUGUGUUUGAAGGAGAGUAUGAAGAAUGGCCAUCUUGUACUGAAGAGGAUAAAGAGGCAUUGGGAUCGUUGUUGAUAUCGACUGGGCAGAUGAAAGAGGAUAUCAUCGUGGAGUAA